CAACUGGCUGGACAUCCCACUGCCGGAAUCAAGAGACCGCAGGAAGGCAGAUUGCUGGACACAGGAUUUCCAGAAGCAGGCUGGGCAUCAGGAGCCGGUACAUCAGGCUGGGCAGCGGGCGGAGGCACGUCAGGCUGGGCAGCGGGGCGGAGGAACGUCAGGCUGGGCAGCGGGCAAAGGCACGUCAGGCUGGGCAGCGGGCAGAGGCAUGUCAGGCUGGGCAGCGGGCUGAGGCACGUCAGGCUGGGCAGCGGGCACCGGGUCAUCUGGCACGACAGCGGGCACCGGGUCAUCUGGCACGACAGCGGGCACCGAGUCAUCUGGCACGACAGCGGGCACCGAGUCACCAAGCUCGACAGUGGUCACCGA